AUGUCAAAGGAAAGUCGGUUGAAAACUUAUUUCAGAGCAACAACACUUCAUGGGUUUGCAUAUCUUGCAAAUAAAAGAAAUUCGUUAGCAGAAAAAAUGUUUUGGAUUUUCGUUCUGGUUGUUUCCAUCGGUUGCAAUAUUAUUUUAGUGAUGAAGCUUUUUGAAAGGAUUGAAUCAAAUCCUACAAUUAUGUAUCGAUCCAAUGUUGCAACUCAAGUGACUGAAAUUUCUUUUCCUGCUUUGACUUACUGUUCAUCAACUCUAAAAGAUUCGUCUAGAAGGAAUACAGCAUUGGUUAAGACUGCUUGGAAAUUAGUAACUGAUAACGAUACACCUGAAGAUGUUUCUACUAUUCAGCCAAAAAAAAGAGAAAAGUUCUUUAAAAUACUCUCAGAAGAUGUUUACUCGCUCUUAAGGUUCCGUGGAAGUUGGUUGAAUAGUUACAAAUUGAAAAUAAGGAGAUCUUUAAUGUCUUGUGGAAUUUGUCAAACAAUCAACUUAGCCGAUAUUAAUGAUGUCAUAAAAUUAAGCAAUGUUUCUCACGCUUUUAAUUUCGCGAUGCUAAAUAAGAUAUCUGAUGACAACCUCAAUGAUGAUCGCGCGUUUUUGGGAGACCCUCUUGAGACAUAUCCAUGGAAAACAAAUAAUUAUGGUUCUGGUAUUCGAGGACUCAUCUCCAACCCAUACGAAUCAAGAGCUGGAAAUGGAUUCAUCAUUUUUAUUCACAAUCCUUAUGAAUUGCCUUAUGAAGGUCAUCAACAAAUGAUUCUGAAUGAGGAAGAAAAGUCUAUACGAAGCAUAAUUGUCAACACGAAUGUUUGUGGUUUUAUAUUCAAGAUCAUUGCAAUUGCAUUCCGUUUUACAUGUUUCGUGAAAAGUCCUUCGACAACAAUUUGUUCUGUUGAUAAAAAGAAAUGUUACAAAGAAGCUCAUAAAACGUUUUGGGAACUUCCACCAGAAUUCUGCGAUUGCUUGGACUUAUGUGAGAAUCUCGAAUAUAUCAUCGAGAAACGCAAAUCUUCUUUCAUUAAAGAUUUGAUUGGAAGGCAAAUGAAAGAUACACCAAAAUCUUUUGUGUCCAUUCGGUUCAAGAACGAAGAAUUUUAUCCUUUAGUGACCAGCAGUUUCAUGUCAUCUAUUGAUACCACUUCUGAUAAAAGUUGUAGAAAAAGUGGAAAACCAAAUGGCAAUGAAGAAGAUUCAAGCAAUUUAUUUUCUGCUUUUAUAAAAGAAUCAUCGAUCCAUGGCUUGGUUUAUAUGAAUGAUCGAAAGUUAAGCUUGAGUGAAAGAUUCAUUUGGAUUGCAUGUUUCAUAAUCUCGAUGACUCUGUGCAUGUUGAUGAUAUCAAAGCUUCAUGUUCAGCUUGGCACGCAGGGAGUUAUGACUGUGAUGGAGAAUCCAAUGAGCGUCUCAGAAAUUCCGUUUCCUGCUGUCACAUUUUUCACUGAACAUCCUAAAUCCAAUAUAAAACCUCCUAUAGAUUAUAUUGAGAAAAUAGCAUUAUCAGAUAAUUUCAACGAGACUUAUGCAUGGCACGCACAUGACAUUUUUAAAGGAAUGACAGUUGAUGCUUUAAUUACUGGAAAAUUUUUUGGUUUAUAUGCAUAUAGUCGAAAAAUGGAAGAUAAAACAAAUUACCAUGUUAGAAGCUUUUCUAAUUCGAUUGUUCCCCAAAUAAAAAACAUUUCAACUUCAAGUUGGUUUCAAAAUCAGAGUGGCUUGUGGAUGGACAAAUAUAAAACUCACUUUUCGGAGGUGUUAACAUCAAAAGGCAUCGGACUUUCUUUCAAUGCAUUGAAUGUCAGCAGCAUAUUGAGAUUUGAUCAACUUUCAGAAGAUUUUCUUAACAAUGAAGAUGUAAUUUUUAAAGUAGGAUCAGAAACAUUCAAUUCUGAAAAGCCAUGGAAAGUUGCAUCAGCGGACAACUCUUUGACAUUCAAGAUCUCGACAAGUUCUACUGCUAAGAAAAAUUCUUACAACAAAGCAUUUUUUGUUCACUCGAACAACGAGCUGCCGAUGAAUCUCUUGCAAUCUGACGAUGUUAUCGUUUUCGAAGGUGGAAAGUCACUUGAGAUCUUAAUCACACCAGUAAUGAUAACUAUCAAUGAAGACGUCGAAUCUCUUGGGUUGAAUGAACGAAAAUGUUUCUUGAAAGGAGAAAAGCGUUUGAGAUUCUUCAAAACUUACACAAAAUGUAAUUGUGAGAUCGAAUGUUUCUCUAACUAUACAGAAAGCAUUUGUCAUUGCGUUCCGUUUUCUGUCGUAAGAGAUCCUCUGACAAAAGUGUGCCACCUAAAGUCAAUGAAUUGCGUUAGUAAAGUGAAAUUGAUGAUUCAGAGAAGACAAGAUGUUUCAAUACUUGAAUCUUGUAACUGUCUCAAAACUUGUGAAAAGCUUUCUUUUGAGACCGAAAUAAUCGAGAGCAGAUUCCGUAAUUUGUUCUUCAUAGAUUUAAUAUUAAGAAGGAGAAGUCGUCGNAGUCCUUCGACAACAAUUUGUUCUGUUGAUAAAAAGAAAUGUUACAAAGAAGCACAUAAAACGUUUUGGGAGCUUUCACCAAAAUUCUGCAAUUGUUUGGAUUUAUGUGAGAAUCUCGAAUAUAUCAUCGAGAAACGCAAAUCUUUAUUCAUUAAAGAUUUGAUAGAGAAGCAUAUGGAGAAGCAAAUGGAAGAUACACCAAAAUCUUUUAUAUCCAUUCGGUUCAAGAACGAAGAAUUUUAUCCUUUAGUGACCAGCAGUUUCAUGUCAUCUAUUGAUACCACUUCUGAUAAAAGUUGUAGAAAAAGUGGAAAACCAAAUGGCAAUGAAGAAGAUUCAAGCAAUUUAUUUUCUGCUUUUAUAAAAGAAUCAUCGAUCCAUGGCUUGGUUUAUAUGCAUGAUCGAAAGUUAAGCUUGAGUGAAAGAUUCAUUUGGAUUGCAUGUUUCAUAAUCUCGAUGACUCUGUGCAUGUUGAUGAUAUCAAAGCUUCAUGUUCAGCUUGGCACGCAGGGAGUUAUGACUGUGAUGGAGAUUCCAAUGAGCGUCUCAGAAAUUCCGUUUCCUGCUGUCACAUUUAUCACUGAACAUCCUAAAUCCGAUAUAAAAAGACCUGUAGGAAAAGUUGAGAACGUAGCAUUAUCAAAUGAUUUCAACGAGACUUAUGCAUGGCACGCCCAUAACAUUUUCAAAGAGUAA